UCGAGCUGGUCGGAGCGGCGGCAGCUGCGAGGACCCGCGGGCUGGCUGACUGAUGGGCGGACAGGCCAUGUCGUCCUGCACCUGCUGAACUGGAGCGCCCAAGGAUGUCUGCGUUGAGGAAGGCCUUCCCACCACCUGAGGCUCGGCCAUAGCUCUGCCCGGUUUCCCAGCAGCUGCCAGUGAAUGCCCUCGGCCCGUGCUCAGCUCCGUCACCAUGGGGACCGCUCAGGUUUUACCUGGCAUUCUGCAGAAGCAUUGCUGUAUCUUACCGGACAGGAACACAGAGUCGCAGUGCACCCUCUGCGGGGAGCCAGAAGAGGAAGAGGGCGGGGACCUGGCCCAGCCGGGCAUCAGCUUUCCGGGGCCGGCAGAGGAGGAUCUAGACCAGCAGUAUUCAUGGUCCCCAACCCAGCACUUCAAUGAGGAGAGGUACCUGCCGGCCCCAAGGACUAUGAAAGGGCUCUCCGGGAGUCGGAACCCGCCGCAGCUGUGCUCUGGCCACACCUGUGGCCUGACGCCCCCCGAGGACUUCGAGCAUGGCCACAGCCACCUCCACCAUGGCCAGGAGACCCGGCAGCCCUACCUGCUCAGCCCGGCGGACAGCUGCCCCGUGGAGCACCAUCGCUGCUCCCCCAGGACUUCCAUCCAUUCGGACUGUGUGGUGAUGCCCGUGGUGCUGGGCGACCACGUGUCCAGCAGCACCUUCCCCCGGAUGCACUACAGCUCCCACUACGACACGCGGGACGACUGCACCGUGUCCCAUGCUGGCGCCAAGACCAACAGGAUCCCGGCCAACCUCCUGGACCAGUUCGAGAAGCAGCUGCCCCUGCACAGAGACGGGUUCCACACACUGCAGUACCAGCGGACCUCGGCGGCUGCUGAGCAGCGCAGUGAGAGCCCGGGCCGCAUCCGGCACCUUGUGCACUCAGUGCAAAAGCUCUUCACUAAGUCCCACUCUCUGGAGGGCUCGGCCAAGAGCCAUGCCAACGGCACCAAGGGUGACGGCCGGCCGGACGAGCAUCAGCACGGCCACCAUGCCAAGCACAGCAAGCGGAGCAAGAGCAAGGAGCGCAAGCCCGAGGGCAAGCACCGCUCGGGCCUGAGCAGCUGGUGGAGCUCGGAUGACAACCUGGACAGUGACAGCACCUACCGCGCCUCCAGUGUGGCCAACAGGCGCCACGUGGCCCACAGCGCCCACUGCUACCCCGAUGCGCUGCAGGGCCCCUUCGGGGACCUCUCACUGCGGACCUCCAAGAGCAACAAUGACGUGAAGUGCUCAGCCUGCGAGGGCUUGGCCCUCACGCCAGACACCAAGUACAUGAAGCGGAGCUCCUGGUCCACACUGACCGUGAGCCAGGCCAAGGAAGCCUACCGCAAGAGCUCCCUGAACCUGGACCAGCCACUGGUGCCCCAGGACCUGAAGCCGCCGCUGCGGCCCUGCCACUAUCUUCAGGUGCCCCAGGACGAGUGGGCUGGGUACCCCCCUGGGGGCAAGGAUGAGGAGAUCCCCUGCCGGAGGAUGAGGAGUGGCAGCUACAUCAAGGCCAUGGGCGACGAGGAGAGCGGGGAGUCGGACUCCAGCCCCAAGACAUCCCCCAAGGUGACCCUCCGGCCGGAGCCUCUGCUCAAGUCCAUCGGACCCAGGCCGCUGGGAGAGCUGCAAACCCAGAGCUACCUGCAGGCUGCCAGCGACGGGCCUGCCGGCCACAGCCUGGACCCCCCUGCCAACUACAACUCCCCGAAGUUCCGCUCCCGGAACCAGAGCUACAUGAGAGCCGUCAGCACCCUGAGCCAGGCCAGCUGCGUGAGCCAGAUGAGUGAAGCGGAGAUCAAUGGGCAGUUUGAGUCCGUGUGUGAAUCCGUCUUCAGCGAAGUGGAAUCUCAGGCCAUGGAUGCCCUCGACCUCCCAGGAUGCUUCCGAACCCGCAGCCACAGUUACCUUCGGGCCAUCCAAGCUGGUUACUCCCAAGAUGAUGAAUGUAUCCCCAUGAUGACACCCUCCGACCUCGCCUCAUCCAUCAGACCCACAACAGCCGUGUCCUACACCAACUACAAAAAGACCCCACCGCCCGUGCCCCCCCGCACCACCUCCAAGCCGCUGAUCUCAGUGACAGCGCAGAGCAGCACGGAGUCCACGCAGGAUGCCUACCAGGACAGCCGUGCGCAGAGGAUGGCGCCGUGGCCCCAGGAUGGCCGUGGCCUCUACAACUCCACGGACAGUCUGGACAGCAACAAGGCCAUGAGCCUGGCUCUGGAGACAGCCGCGGCCCAGCGCCAUGUCUCCGAGGGCCAGAGCGGCGUGGUGCGGACCAGUGACAAGGCCAUCCUGGCGUCCAAGGCUGAGGAGUUCCUCAAGAGCCGGAGUUCCUCCAUUGGGGUCCAGGAUUCUGAAUUCCCAGAGCAUCAGCCCUACCCAAGGUCGGAUGUGGAAACAGCUACAGAUUCUGACACGGAGAGCCGAGGCCUACGGGAAUACCACUCUGUCGGGGUGCAGGUGGAAGAUGAGAAACGACACGGGCGUUUCAAGCGUUCCAACAGCGUGACGGCCGCGGUGCAGGCGGACCUAGAGCUGGAGGGCUUCCCAGGACACAUUGCCACAGAGGACAAGGGCCUGCAGUUUGGGUCCUCCUUCCAGAGGCACUCGGAGCCCAGCACCCCCACCCAGUACGGGGCCGUGCGGACCGUCCGGACGCAGGGGCUCUUCAGUUACCGUGAAGACUACAGGGCCCCCGUGGACACUGCCAACCUGCCCCCGCCUGACCCCUGGCUGGAGCCGUCCCUGGAGACAGUGGACAGUGGACGCAUGUCCCCGUGCCGCAGGGAUGGCUCUUGGUUUCUGAAGCUGCUGCACACAGAGACAAAGAGGAUGGAAGGCUGGUGUAAAGAGAUGGAGCGGGAAGCCGAAGAAAAUGACCUCUCCGAAGAAAUACUUGGUAAGAUCAGGAGUGCUGUUGGAAGUGCCCAGCUUCUGAUGUCCCAGAAAUUCCAGCAGUUUUAUUGGCUUUGCCAACAGAACAUGGACCCGAGCGCCAUGCCCAGGCCCACCUCCCAAGACCUGGCCGGGUACUGGGACAUGCUGCAGCUCUCCGUCCAGGACGUCAGCAUGAAGUUUGAUGAGCUGCACCAGCUGAAGCUCAAUGACUGGCGGGCGGCGGAGUCUCCGGACAGAAAGGAGGAAAGAAAGGUCCCCCCUCCAAUACCAAAGAAGCCCCCCAAAGGGAAACUGGCUAUUACGAGAGAGAAGUCUCUGGACCUGCCGGACAGACAGCGCCAGGAGGCCCGGAGGCGGCUGGCGGCAGCCAAGCGGGCAGCCUCUUUCCGCCAGAGCUCGGUGGGCGAGCGGGCCGACAGCAUUGAGAUCUACAUCCCUGAAGCCCAGACGCGGCUCUAGGCCCGGCCACCCCUGCGCUGCAGCCACCACUUCCUCACGUCCCUGGUCCCUUGUCUGUCCCCUCACCUCCUGUGGUGUCCUCUGUGCCACGAACGCGCUGCAGAGCCCGGCGGCCACGGGUGCCAUCUCGGGGCCGGUGUGGCUCCUCCCUGGACUGCUGGCUCCCCGCCUGCGAGCCGGAGGGGCAUGGGGACCCCUAGCUCCCCAUCUGUCCUUAGAGGGGACAAGGAACCCAGUUCACACUUUGUUAUUUAUAUUUUUAUAAAUCGUGUGAUAUUCGAGGCAAGAAUAACAAAUAACUAUGAAUGGGUGCCCCCCAACUCACUCGAGGCAUUAGACACCCCACAAGGAAGGUGCUACAGCUUCAGAGCAAGAGCGAAGGACCCCACCUGCGGCCUGGGGUCACUGUGCCCGAACCUGGCUGGCCCCUCAUGCGGCUCCUGUGCCAAGUCCAUGGUGAUGAGAAGUCACCCGUGCAGCCAACACCCCCCCCCCCCGCCACGUGGUUCUCCCGACGCCGGGCGCAAUCUGCCCCCACAGAUGUCCAGCCACAGCCACAUGGUCAGAGUCGCUGAGUGUCCAUCCACGCAGGGAGGGCCGGGCGAGACAGACCAGAGCCUGGGAAAGGCUGCUCUUCUGUAGCAGGGGUACAAAGAGAAAGGAGCUGUUACUCAGACGAAAGAGUCAUUUAUUUUUUAUUCCUUUGUAACUUAAAAUAUCACACACGGUUCUAUCUUUAAGUUGCACCAUUUACGCUCCAUGUGCUUUUUUUUAAUAGAUGUAUAUAUAUAUUCUCAAAUGCU